AUGGAGAUCUCCAUACGCAUACCAAACUUUGACAGCCUAAGCACAGAUGGGCUAUACCAGCGCUUCGGCAAACCCUACAAGGUUCCUAUCCGGCGAGUGGAUGGGAAGCCUGGCGAACCCCAUGCACCGCCGCAUGCCAUCUAUCCUAUGGGUUUGGGCAUGCCUGCCAACGAGGUGGAUAACCCAGAAAUUCUCAUUUCGGACUACGGAACGUCCUUUAUUGUGUCACAGACGCCCUCACCGAUUCUCCACACCCCAGCCCUCUACUCUCCGCCAGAAAGACUUUUUCAAUGA